UCCGAUAGGUUUUAGAGUAGUAUUCGAAGUUUGAAGCCUUAUUUUAAAUCUCUAUCAAUGUGGUUUAUUUCUUACUGUUUUCGCCGAAAUAUUUCGUCGGUUCAGCUAAAUCGCCUGUAAAUAUGGCGGUUUUUCAAUUUUGAAUAAAAUAUAUUGCCAUGUAAUCUUAUUGGAGCGAAGAAUGUUUAGGUUGUUUUCGAGUAAAAUUUUGCAAUCUUAUUCGUUACUGGUUUUUUUAUUUCUAUUAAUUUCCUUAAAUUGUUGUUUUUUUCAAUUAAAUUGAAUCAUCAUUGGCAUGCAUAUGUAAUAAUUGAAUAAUUCUAAAAAGAAAAUGUAAUAACCGAAUAAUUCCAUCAAUGUGCUGUCUGACGUAUGUUGAAUGUUUCUGAAGCCAUUUGGCAAUCAUUAUCUGCCGACUAGGAGAUUUUUUUAGAAAGCUUACGGAAGACGUUCUUUUUUCAAGGCGUUGAUAGGGCGCUUUUCUUGAACAAGUAAUAGAUAGAAGCCGCGGUUCUCUUUGUUUGGUUAACAAGAAACCUAGAAUUUUCGUGGAAUCUCCACCUCUGAACGGGUCACCCAGGUCGCGCUUUAUCCACCUUAAAAGCUUUUAGCGUGGUUUACAGAAGGAUUUUUUUGGUGUUUGUGGUGGUUGUUCUGUAGGUGUUCAUAUAGGUUGGUUUAGUUGAUUGGGUGCCUUGCAUUGUGAACGACAGAAGUAGGUCUUGUUAAACAAUUUGGGUGUCUUAUCGUACUUGAUUUUGAUUGUUUCGGUUGUCUUGGUGUCUUGCAUUGUUGAGAACUCUCGGGGAAUUUCUGUAGGGAAUUAAGUUGAUGGGAGGUUGGAGUUCAAAAGAGGGAAGUUGGAGGCAAGCUUCAUCUCUCCGUUCGAAUUCUUCUCCACGGAGUGGAUAUCAAUUCCCGUACGAGAGUCAGAGCUAUUCGCCCCAACAAUCAUAUUCGUCGCAGCAGUACUAUCAUCCUUCACAAGAAUAUGGCUCACAAGACUAUGGUGGCGGUCAGGCCUCUGAUAAUAGAAGUAAUCUGGAGACUAAGUUUUUGAGAAUCGCCGAUAAUUACAAUUCAUUGGAGCAGGUGACUGAAGCUCUUGCACGUGCUGGCCUUGAGUCUUCCAAUCUUAUUGUUGGUAUUGAUUUCACAAAGAGCAACGAGUGGACAGGUGCAAAGUCAUUUAACAGGCGGAGUUUGCAUCACAUAGGAGAUGGUCUAAACCCCUAUGAACAAGCAAUAUCCAUUAUAGGGAAAACCCUGGCCGUAUUUGAUGAGGACAACUUGAUUCCAUGUUUUGGAUUUGGAGAUGCAUCAACACACGAUAAAGAUGUCUUCAGUUUCUAUUCAGAUGAGAGAUUUUGUAAUGGCUUUGAGGAAGUGUUGAGUUGCUAUAAGGAAAUCGCCCCCGACUUACGACUUGCAGGACCAACUUCAUUUGCACCAAUAAUUGAGAUGGCUAUGACCAUCGUGGAGGAGAGUGGUGGCCAGUACCAUGUUUUAUUAAUAAUUGCAGAUGGACAGGUAACUAGAAGUGUUGAUACUGAGCAUGGCAAGCUAAGCCCGCAGGAGCAGAAUACUGUUGAUGCCAUUGUUAAAGCAAGCAAGUUCCCUUUGUCAAUUGUAUUAGUUGGAGUUGGAGAUGGACCUUGGGAUAUGAUGAAGAAAUUUGAUGACAAUAUCCCUUCUAGGGACUUUGACAAUUUUCAAUUUGUGAAUUUUACGGAAAUAAUGUCGAAGAAUGUGGCUCCACCCCGAAAGGAGGCAGAAUUUGCUGUUGCAGCCUUGAUGGAAAUUCCUUCCCAGUACAAGGCAACUAUAGAGCUUAACAUACUGGGUGGUAGGAAGGGCUUUUCUCAAAGGGUUCCCCUGCCCCCGCCUCUCUAUGGCGCAGCAUCUUCCAGCAGCUUGAAACCUUCUCAUCCUUCAAGUUCCAGUGUCCCUCAUUAUCAUGCAGACAGCAGGCCUGUCAGCUCAGCUCCACCGGCUAGUAGUUCCACCUAUGAUAACCAGCUUUGCCCCAUAUGCCUCAGUAAUUCCAAGGACAUGGCCUUUGGCUGUGGGCAUCAGACGUGUUGCGAAUGUGGAAGAGACCUCCAGUCAUGCCCAAUAUGUAGGAGCCCAAUUCAGACCAGAAUAAAACUCUACUAGCAACAUUCUUUCUCAUUUGGAAUUUUCCAAUUCGCUUGAUUAAAAUUAUUUGUAGUUAGGUUCUUGUGAAUCUUGCAUGGAAGUUGAUUUCAUUAACCCCUGUAAUUACUCUAUUCAGAUUUUACGUUUACAGUUUAGAACGAUGGAUAUGCAAGUUUGUAGUUGUAGUUUGGCCACAUCAGGUCUGUAUUUGCUGCGCAUAUGAAACAGCCUGUUGGCAGAGAAAUCUUGUCAGUUAUUAUUAUAAAUGAUGUUUUGCUGGUGA